AUGUCAAUUGGAUCGCUUCAGUUUAGCUUUUCCGAGGAUACAGAGCAUUUUUUUGCAGAGUCUUUUGACGAUGUGGCCAAAAUGGCUACAGAUUUGGAUACUUCUGCUUCGGUGGGACUUCAGCAACAGAGAGACUUAAAGCGAGAUAAUCUACCGAUUGCAAUUAUUACUUCGGCUGUUGACUCAUUUACACAAGAAGGCAAUUUGGACGAUAUCAUAAAGGACAUUAAACGCACAUCAUCCUCUCAUUCGUUAAUAAAGCGAAACACAGAAGAGAUGCGCACAGGUCGUGGCAGUUUUGGUAGCUACGUUGUCACUGGAAGCAGCAGCAGCAACAUUGCGAUGGGUAAUACAAAUAGCACGGCUCAAAUCCAGGUCGAACCUUCCGGGACAAACUCAUUAGACUUCGACAUGAAUGAGCUGGAUGAGUUAACAAAUUACUUCUUGUGGGACAACGACGUCGCAAUGUUUGAUCAUCGAGAAACUCAGACGAAGUCAACUAUUAUGAAUCAGAGAGUCGCUAUGGCGGGGCAAAAUUCUCAGCUCACAAAAAUGCACAGUCUUGACUUUGACGCUGAAGUUUCAAUUUGUGAAAGCUCGACUCGCAGCAAGAUCGUCGUAGGCGAGGUUAAAUUUGAAGACACUGUACCAAUAAGCUCGUUCGUAGCGAAUCCUGUGACUGCUAUGUCUUUUUCAUGCCCGCACUACCCCACUGUGAUCGACAUCCAAACGAAAUUUCUCGAUAAGUACUGGCGCAAUGAUCGCAAGAAUAUUCAGUGCUUUCCGCGUUGCCCGGAGCACGGUGACUACUAUCGUGUGCGUAUUGAGAACCUUCAGCACCGGUGCAAGGGUGUCUGUCGAGCUCCUGUGAGAGCUCAUGUGUGUAUUCCAGCACCCGUAAGCGCAUCUGUAACGCAGCAUGGUUUGCUGGUAUUAGCGCGCUGUAACAGUACCUUUUCCCGAAAUUCAAAUUCAACAGAACAACAGCUACUGAGUCUACCUGAGAUAAAAGCACUGCGCGCUGUGAGUGCCGUAGGAACCGUCGACAAUUUCACUUUAGACACAGAAGGUGUGAAUUUUGACGUGAUAUUUCAUCCAGAUGUUUGGAAGUUUGAAUUCGAUUUACCAAAGAAACGUCGAUACGUGCAAAACUCAAACUCAAAUGUUCCACUUUAUGGUGCAGAUAGAGAUAUUGAUGGGGAUUUAGCAUCAGCGGAGUUUCUCUAUUUUUUUGAAAUAGACGUAUUUUACUCGUCUGAUCAAACACAUUUUGAGCGCUUGGGCCACAUGAAAUCAAAAAGUUUUCAAAUUGGCAACACACGCACACUUUUGCGGCGACGUAAUAAACUGGUUGGAGAGAAUCACAUCAUUGGGGGGUCAUACGCAACCGACAGCGACCAGCUAGCCGAUGUCGAUGAACUUCCUGAGAAGAAGAGGAUCAAAGUGGCCAAAAGCCGCCACGAGAUUGUGUCAGGCAAAUCGUUUAGUGAGGAUGGUUUCGGAAGUAGUGGGCUGACAGGAAGUCGAGUUUCGACUGCUAAUAAUGCCGGCGAAGAUAUUUUUUCGUCUCCUAAGCGAGAUUUCCCGGAUGAAAAAUCCACCAUUCUGAAUGUCGAUCGGUUAAGUAAAUUUGACUUUCAAGACGUCGUCAACUGGAAAAAGGAUCUGUCAGAAUUUUCUCAGGUGAAGGUCAAUUUCUGGGAGGAUGGAAAUAUCGAAGAUGCUGUUGCUUCAAAUUACUUCCCGUUCAUCUCGCCUAAACAGAACAGUGGCAAUGUGCUUGCCAUAUACUCCCCAGUGUUUGCGGCUCUCCCUAUGAAGGCCCAAUCAAACGACCAGCCCGUAACUUCGGGAUCUCGUGUCAUGGAGAAAGCGCCCAGUUUGGCAAAGUUUAUGGUCUACUCUCUCGUUUGUGUACCCCUUUCUAUGCUCUUAUUGCCAGUCGGCUUGAUCCUGUUGAUCGGAUUUUUAAUUUUUCCUCCAGCCGCUUCAAAAAUUGUCAGCACACUGGAUGCAAUGUCAGACUUGGAGCUCUCUCGUGCUAAUAUUAGCUGCACAUCUGAAGAUCACCGCAUGGUUCUGAAUCGGCUUAUUGAGCAUAAGGACGAACACGCGGGAAAUUUAAUGACUGUCAUGUUCCGCUAUCACACCAAAGGCAAAGUGUGGGGUCGAAUCUUUUAUUUCAGCGGGGCAAAAUUUGUAUUCUCUAUUAUCUCGAUCAUCCCAGCAUUUUUUUUAACAUCAAUGGCGGGUCUGCUCUAUCCGAUUCGCCCAGUCUCUUCUGCUUUGGCAAAAUCUGCGUGCGGCUUUGCUCUUUGGUCGAGAGAGUACACGCGCGAAACAAUGGGAAAACCCUUGGCACGUGUCGACGAAGUGGAUGCAGUUGUGUGA